CCGCCAGGUGCGUCACCACGCGAACCGUACCCAGCUGCAGUGUUCAAUGUUCUGCUUUUUUAUUUUAUUUUUUUAAACAAACCCGUCUUUUCUGCUGUUAACGGAGAAAAAUCCCCGUAACACGUCAACUUUCCCCAUCAAAUGAAAUCCAGCUGAGUGUUGAACAUCUGGAACAUCUGCAGAGUCUGCUGGACGGAGACGUGAGAAGAGACCCAGCUGUGAUGAGGUCCUGGUUCCUGCUGCAGAACACACGAGCACCAUGUGACCCGUCACCCACCCGGGGGGAAAUGGCAGGAGACGUCGUGGCGUCCGAGUAGGCGGGCCGUGUGUUGGAGCUCCAUCGUUCAAAACCAUGUCCCACAGAGAACUGGUGGAGUUUUACAUCAGCUCCAAGCUGUGUGAGCGGAGCUACCCCAGCUCCCUGCUGAGGCCGGAGGCCCGAGGGGGGGGGGCCGGUGGAGACCCGGCCAGUAACGGCUCCCUGGGGGGCACCGGCCAGCCCGAGAAGUCUCCCGGCCCCCCUGGUCGCAUCGAGGCCGUGAAGUCAGCUCUGAGGGACGCAGCGGCUGAGUUUGAACUUCUGUUUAGGCAAAGUUUUAAUGAUCCCUCCUCACAGCUUGACAUCACACGUGACACGGCCUACCAGAGCUUUAAGAGCGUGCUGGAUGAGCUGUUCAAGGAUGGAGUCAACUGGGGACGUAUAGUGGGACUGUUUGCCUUUGUGGGUGUGCUGUCCGUGAGUUGUGUUGAGAGGAAUAUGAGCGACCUGGUCCCGCGUCUUGCAGACUGGAUGACCCUUUACCUUGAUGAGCAAAUAGACCCGUGGAUCCAAAGCCAAGGAGGAUGGGAUUGCUUUGUGGAGAUUUACGGUGGAGACGCUGCUGCCGAGGCGAGGAGGUUCCAGCAGACCCUGAGGAAUUGGCUGCUAGCUGGCGCGGCGCUGCUAACCGGGGGCCUGCUGGCUGCGUUGGUUGCUAGGAAACGCUGACGGGGCUGUCUCUGGCUCCGCGGGCCGCACCAGUAACCAGAUGUUUACAUGAAGAGCUCAGCCUGCUUGUGCACUGACAGACUGUGGUGAGAAUGCAGUAGAGCGGAUUCAUCGGAGUGUUGAGAUGUAGCUUUGUGAGCUGCAGUACCCCACUUUGUUUCUGUUUGUCAUUUUAUUAUUUUAAACACAGUAGAGUAUGUUAGUUUAAGGGUUUUACUCUUCGAACUUGAAGUGCUUUGAGUGAACAUAAGCUAAAAGGCAGUGGAUCAUAUUCAGCUGGUUUGGUGAGUCUGCCCCGUUUAUUUUUCCUUCUGUGCGUUAUCCACGGACCAAUCUUUAUGUGUCAAAAACUGACAGAUUCUAACUUAUAUUUUCCUUUUACUGUGUAAUGCUUGGCUCAUUCUGUUGCCUGUAUUGGAGUUUUAGGCAUGCUUCAAAAAUAAAUAUAUUUAUGUUUC